CUACGGUGUAUGAGGUGGUGGUAAUAUGAAUGUUAAACGUGUUUCAUGCACUUAAUGAAGUUUGAUGGAUAUAUUGACUUUCAUGCUUGUUUGUUCGCUGCUUUGUACAAAUCAAGUAUUUUCAACUGUUUGUACUGAUCAGCCAUUGAGGUUCGGUAAAGAUUGUUCCUAUAUAUGUCACUGUUUGGAAGACGUUUGUGACUCAACGACUACUGGCGUGGGAUGUAAAUCUGGAUCAUGCAGCCCUGGUUUUCUUGGGUUUCCAGCAUGUCAAGAUGUUUGCUCACCUGGUAAUUAUGGUUUAAACUGCUCACUAAGUUGCAAUUGUGAGCCAAAAAACCUUUGUAAUCAUAUAAAUGGUGUGUGUACAAAUGGAAAUAAGUGCAACAAGUAUUUUUAUGGAGCGGCAUGUACUAAUGUGCGAACAAGAAUGCUUUUUCCACCUACGGUUUAUAGCGAUUGUGAAUAUCUUCAUAUCACAUGGCCAAUUUUUAAUGAAACAUAUUACGUCGGGUCAUCACACAUUACCGAAUACACAAUUUCGUUCAGAACUGCUUCAUCAAACUUCACUGUUUACCGAACAAUCAAAACAGUGCCACCCGAACCCCGCAAUUACGACAUCACUUUUUCUCAUGACAAUCUGUCUACUGCCUUUGUUUUUGUUGUUCGGGCAGAUUUUAUGGCUUCUAUAACAACUGAAGAAUUAGUCAUUGAGGGUUUUCCCAGCCCUGAAUCGUCCCCAUUGGGAAUCAAAUGCCAUGCUGUACCGAAUGUAUCCAUUGUUCCGAAUAAGAACUCUGUUAGCGUAUUCUGGAAUAAACAUGACAACUAUGCCAUCACCAAAGUGUAUAUGUAUGCUACACUAACUGCAAUUGGCGAUUGCCUCAGUCUACCACAAUCAGACUACGUGAAUUACACUAAGAUAGUGAGUAUUAAUGACAAACAGGCUGUGUUGCAAUUAGAUUACUGGCGGUAUUAUUCUGUUACGGUCUAUGGUUUAACAUCCCACAACAUCUCCACCAAUCCCUCAACCACUACUAUUAUGACGCAGUUUGAGAGUCCACGAGGUUCACCUUUAAAUUUACGUCAAUUAUCUCAAUCAAAUCAGUCUGUUAAUGUGACUUGGGAUCUUCCUUUAUGCACUGAACGAGGUGGACCGCUGGAGAAGUAUGUUAUCAAUAUCUCAUCAUUGGCAUCAGUUGUAUCACCAAGUGUGUUAAGCGAUUCACAAAAUGCCCCACCUAUCCAAAUUGUUGGUCUUGUGCCUCAAGUUUUAUACACAUUACAGGUGGCUUAUAAAAAUCCGGUGGGGAUUGGGCCUUCAGCUCAAAUAGUCAUAUUUCUCAACAGAUCAGUCUCAAAUCAACCAAUUUCAGUUCGAGUACAAUACUGUGGUCUCAAUUCAUGUCGUUUAACGUGGAUGUCUCCUAUAGAAGGUUAUGAGUGGAGUGCUUUGCUUGAAUAUCGUCUUUCAUAUUGGAAACAGUUAACGCCAAGUUUAAUAAAUAAUGUCACGGUUCCAUCAAGUGUUCAAGAGUGUUUAUUGACAGGGUUGGAAAGUGGGACUGCAUAUUAUGCAAAGGUUCAAAGUGUAUUUACUUAUGGUACUGGGAUCUCAGACACAAUAUCAUUUCGUACAUUAACUCAAUUCAAUAUUCGUUUGGUGAAUCGUUCAUAUUCAGAGAUGAAAAUUGAAUGGUACUUCAGUUCAACUUCUUAUAUGUUUAUUAUAUCUAUAGAACUACUGGGAACACUUCUUCCGUCUACUCCAUCAUUUUCAAAGCGAAUAAUCAAUCAAAUGGGUGGUGGAAUUCGUCAGUAUACAUUUUCAGAUUUACCUGCUAGUUCUAAGUUUCGGAUUGUUAUAGAUGCCGUUGGGGAGAAUAAUACAUCAGUUGGUUCAUCGUUUAUGAAUGUAUGGACAAGUCCAGCUCCUUUUCAAAAUUCCAAAAACUUAAGAUUUGGACCGAUAAUUCCAAUAUUCAAUGGAUCAUCUCUGGUGAAUAUAAAAUUUCCAACGGUUACUGGUUAUGAAGGUGGUCCACUUAAUGGGUUUUACAUAGUUGUUGAGAAGAGUUCAAAUGUUAGUCGUAUACGACGUUCAGUUUUGGAUCGUUCACAACUUGGAUUACCAACAAAUGCUAAUAUUGUUUAUUACUCCAAUACCUUUCCAUCUGAAAGUAUUCCUAUUGGAUCUGGCAGUGUUAUAGAUGGUUCUAAGCUAUAUGACAAUCUAUCUUCCAUACCAGGUUAUAGUAAUCCACGUUUAGAAUCGAAUGUUAGCUAUACCGUUUAUGCAAUUGUUCAAAGUCAAGUGGAUGGUACCAGUGAAACUGCACGUGCUGCGUCUAUAUCAUUUUUAACUGGUGAAGAUAUACACGUUACGGGUACAUCUAGUCAACUAUCAGAAUCUAAUGUAAUUGGGAUAAUUUUGGGCAUUUUAUUGGCUCUUAUUAUUUUGGGAUUGAUAGCAUUCAUUAUCUACUAUUUUUGUCGUAAAAGAUAUCAGUCUGGUCAGUAUAUAUUCGAAAAAUAUCCAAGACAUACAAAAUUGACUGCUAAAGAGAAAUCUUAUUUGUUACCGUAUUCAUAUGCAUGGUGGAGUAUACCAGGAGAUUUACGUGAACCUCGCUAUCUGAUUAUUGAUCCAGAACAUGGACCUGCGCAUACAUUAGUUGGAACAUGGCCUAUGAGUGAAAUAUUAAUUACAUUUUCACGUGAAUAUUCAAGCAUUCCAGUGGGUGCAAAAUUUUCACAAUCAGUUGGUAAUUUGAAGAGUAAUCUAUCAAAAAAUCGUAGUCAAACAAUCUUACCAUACAAUCAUAAUCGUGUUUCAUUGAAUCGACCUGUUGGUUCUUCAGAAACUGAUUAUAUCAAUGCAAGUUUUAUUGAUGGUUACAUGCGAAGACGUGCGUAUAUUGCUGCACAGAGCCCAUUUGAUAUGAUUACAUCACAGGACUUUUGGUUGAUGAUAUUUCAACGUAACAUUGCACAAAUUGUAAUGUUAACCAACCUUGUUGAAGAUUCCACACUAAAAUGUUGUCAGUAUUGGCCUGAAAUGCCUAAUCGACAUGAUAAUGGUCACCCAGAGGUGAAGGCUACAGUUCAAAACUUUGGUAAUAUAACAGUGGAAAUAGUUGAUCGUAUUGAUUAUGCACAUUUUACUGUAAGAUAUUUCAAUGUAACUGAAGCAUCAUCGAAUAUUAGUCAACGUGUUAUGCAAUAUCAAUUUCAUAGUUGGAUUACACCUGAUCGUAAAACUUCAGUUAGCUUAAAUAACGAUAACCAACAUACCUUGGAAAAUGGUCGGAGAAAUCAAUUAUUACCAGAUUGUGGUGAUGAUUUAUCACAAGAUUCACAAGGUGUUUUUUGUCGUACAUCAGUCAUUGGAACGAUAUUCGAUCGAUUGAAUUUUAUUGAAUUUUAUUAUCGUGUUAAAACGGCUAGUCGUCCCGAAGAUGGUCCAGUUCUUGUACACUGUGCCACAGGUUUAUCCCGUACCGGACUCUAUAUAGCUUUUGACUCAUUACUUCAACAAGCAACUCAUGAACAUGUUGUCAAUGUUCCUAAAUUUUGUUCAUCAUUAUGUAAGGCAAGAGCGAAUAUGCUACAUUCGAUGCGUCAGUUCACUUUACUAUACGAUUUACUGUUUGAAGCCCUACUAGCUGGUCAUUGUAUUGUAGAUUUAGAUGUGUAUAGUACUUAUCGAAUGUUAUGCCAUAAAAAUGAAAAGACGAAUCGGUCAUACCUAUGGGAACAAUGGUCUGUAUUACAUUUGUACACACCAGUCUGUGAUCCAGGUACAGACUUAAGGGUUGCUGUAAAUUCUUCAAAUUUACGCAGAAAUCGUUAUCCUAAAGACUUUGAUCUACUUCCACGCGAUCAUUGGCGUGUACGUCUACGGUGGACGCCCACAAGUGGUUUACCAUCUUCAAACUACAUCAAUGCUUCCUACUUGGAUGGAGCAGGUUUACGCGAUGAUAUUAUCUUAACACAAACUCCUCUAGCGAGCACAGUGGAUGAUUUUUGGUGUAUGAUUGAGGAGGAGAAGGUUUCAUGCAUUAUUGAUAUGGAGCCAUUUUCCUAUGGUGAAAAUGAAACAUAUCCUAUGUUUGAAGGUUCAUCGGAUGAAGAACGCGAUCAAAUUGAUUUGCAGUCUGAUUAUGCUGAAACAUUACCACUUCGUCGUGGACCAUGGUUAGAUUUUGCUGAUGGACUAAUUCAAAUUUGUCAACUUGGUUCAUUAAUUCCAGUUCGCCUUGAUUCUGUCUCACUGAAGCGUAAUUUUACAAGUGAGAUAUAUAAAAGACGCUUACUUAUACGUCGACGUGAAGUGAAUCGGUCAAAACACUACAAUUAUGAGCAGUUAAACAAUGAGAAAAUCAAAACUCGUGAAGUUAUAAUCUUCCAUUUUGCCGGUGGUUGGAAUGCCAAAAUGAACGUACCCGAUUCACGUAUAUCCAUUGUUUGUCUACUGGAGAAAGUACGCCUUGAACGUGGUACAGGCCCACUGGUAAUUCAUUGUUUAGAUGGAGCUACUCGAAGUGGCCUACUGGCUGUAUGUCAUCUGUUAGCUGAACGUAUGACAAGAGAUCAUUAUGUUGAUUUAUUUCACGUUAUUAAAAUCAUCAAAAUGCGUAGAAGAGCUAUUCUAGCAUCUUCGGAUCAACUUCGUUUCAUUUAUCGUUUUCUUAUUCAAUGGAUAAAAAGUACACUUGCUGAACCUUUAGCCAACUGGACUACACGACAAUCUGGUGUAACAAAUAUAUCAUCCUCUGGUGAUUGGAAACAAUGGCAGUGGCCUCAACUUGUUGGUCAUUUACCGCCAGAUUCACGUGUUGGUAUAUUUUUACAUUCUCAACUUCCAGCAUUCGGAGCAGAUCAAUCAAGUACUACCUUGAUCACGGAUAAAUCUAUCAUCAAAUCGAAUCACUUCAUAUUAGAUACAAGUAACAGUAAUCGUGGUGGAGAUUCACAAUCGAUAAAUACCGGUGAAGAGUAUAGUACAACAAAUGUGUCCAAAAUGAUGUCAACUUUAUAUCGUUACUUUAAUGAUGAAUUAUUAGCCAGUCAAAAUCCUGGCUAUUACACAAAUUCUGUACCCAACAUAGUUGCCAGUAGUAAUAAUCCUUAUUGUUAUUAA